GGCUGUCACUUUUGAGACACUCACAUUUCCUGCAUCUCAAAAUCUCACGCAUCAAAAACUAUAAGCGAUCCGCUUCAGCCAUGGUGAGCUUCUGUCCUAUCUGUGGGAAGCCUGUGUAUUUUGGCGAGAAGAAAAGGUCAUUGGGACGGGAUUAUCAUCCGUUGUGUUUGAAAUGUCACAAAUGUAAAAGACAGCUAACAGCUGGCCAGCAUGCAGAGCAUGAUGAGAAACCAUACUGCACUAACUGCUACAUGAGAGAUUUUGGACCCAGAGGUAACCGAAAACCUGUUGCUCGGACAUUUAACACACCUGCUGAAUAAGAGAUAUUCUGCCAUCAUGAAAAACACACCAGACCAUCUACAAUCAACAACAUGGCUAGACCAUCCAGAUUUACCAACAACACACCUGCAGCAUCUAUUUUACAUUGCCACACAAGGCAAAAUAAUUAUAUAUUGCAUUUAAUCUAGCUACAGAUUGAACUCACCACCCUAAUUUUUCAGUUCGUCAUAAACUCCCAAUGCCAUCCACAGUGGCACUCUCUUAGGGAACUGAGCUUUUUUUAUGAGAUGAUUCCAGAGCUGAAACCACCAUAGACAUUUGGGAAACAUCCCUCCAAAUAUUCAGAAUAAUAGUCAACUGAUAUGUUUUUUUUUAGUGACAUAUUCUUUUACAUUUGGUCCCCCUCUUGAGUAUUUGUUUACAUCCUUGGUUUAAUCUAUUCUUCUUUUGUGAUUAAUUUAAAGUUGUAGCACUUAGGGGGCCUGGGUAACUCAGCGAGUAAAGACGUUGACUACCACCCCUGAAGUCGCAAGGUCGAAUCCAGGGCAUGCUGAGUGACUCCAGCCAGGUCUCAUAAGCAACCAAGUUGGCCCGGUUGCUAGGGAGGUUAGAGUCACAUGGGGUAACCUCCUCGUGAAUAGCGUGAAGCCUCCACACGCACUAUGUCUCCGCAAUAACGCGCUCAACAAGCCAUGUGAUAAGAUGCGUGGAUUGAAGGUCUCAGACGUGGAGGCAACUGAGAUUCGUCCUCCGUCACCCGGAUUGAGGCGAGUCACUACGCCACCACAAGGACUUAGAACACAUUGGAAAUCCAAAUUGGGGAGAAAAGGGAGGGAAAAAAAACAAACAAACAAAAAAAAGUUGUAGCACUUAAUUAGUUAUUGCAUGUUAUUGUUGUUGAAUCAAAUUGUAUCUUCCCGGUUGUAUCUUUUUCUUGGUCUUAAGAAUGGGGGAUGUGAAAAUGUCAGACCGUAGAAUAAAACUAAUUUUGGUAUAAA